AUGGCCCCGCUCGCUGUCAAGAUCAAGCAUGCAGGCAAGAUACAUGAUCUGCAACUAGAUCCCGACCAACCGCCAACCAUCUUCAAAGAGGCAGUCUACCAAGUGACUGGUAUACCGGUCGAUCGAAUGAAAGUCAUGGUCAAGGGCGGCACUCUUAAAGAUGACACUGAUUGGAGGAAGGUUGGACCCAAAGAGGGUCAAACCUUCAUGGUUAUUGGUGCGGCUGGUGAGCUACCAAAGCCUCCAGAGAAACCAAUAGUAUUCAUGGAAGAUAUGGACGACACGUCCCUCGCGCAAGCACUCUCGCUUCCUGUUGGUUUGAAGAAUCUCGGCAACACAUGCUACAUGAAUGCAACCCUCCAGGCCAUGCGUGCGAUCCCAGAAUUGCAGAUUGCAUUGCAAGAAGGCGCUCCUUCAGGCCUACCCUCAGCGCUCAAGAGUUUAUACACACAAAUGUCGCGCACAACGGAGAGCGUCGUACCUGGAGGCUUUCUUGCUUCAUUGCGCCAGGCGUUCCCGCAGUUUGCUGAACGCGCGCAGAACUCGAAAGCCAUAGGUACGAUGUUAGCCGCCUAUUCACAGCAAGAUGCCGAAGAGUGCUGGAUACAGCUGACAAAUUCGCUCAAGGAAGUACCGGGACUCCCUGUAUCUUCUUCGGAAGCGUCAGUCUCCAAGAAGUUCAUCGAUCAAUACUUGACUGGCGAGAUGCGGCGAGAGCUCAAGUGUGACGAGGCACCCGAAGAGCCACCUACCGUGUCCUUUGAAAAAGUACUCAAGAUCGAGUGCAACAUCUCGAUCUCAACUAAUUACAUGCUUCAAGGUAUUAAAGAAGCUCUCGAUCAGAAGAUCGAGAAGAUCUCUCCAAGCCUCGGCCGCGAUGCGCUAUAUACGUCUACAUCACGACUAUCCCGUCUCCCUUCAUAUCUGACUGUGCACAUGGUACGCUUCGCAUGGAGAAGGGAUAUCGCCCGCAAAGCAAAGAUCAUGCGAAGAGUCAAGUUUCCGACGGACUUCGAUGCUCUUGAGCUAGUCACAGAGGAGCUGAAGGAGAAGAUGGCGCCUCUCUCGACAAAGCUGAAAGAUGUAGAGGCCAAUCGUGCUGAACGGCGUACAAUCCGGAAGCGCUCCGCGGCGGUUCGUGGAGAGGCGAGCAGUUCAGCGCCGUUGGCAGUGCCCAGCCAGCCUUCGUCGACGGAGGACCCCCAGGAGAUGCAUGUGGACUCGAGUCUUGAAGCCGAGUCUGUGUACAGACAACGAGAACUGAAGGAGCUUGAAGCCCUGGUGCACCCCGAUCUGCAAGCAGACGUUGGCUGCAGCAUCACUGGGCAAUAUGAGCUGAUAGCGAUCGUCACGCAUAAGGGCGCAGCGGCCGACUCCGGACACUACAUGGGCUUCGUGAAGAAAAGUGCAAUCCAAUCCGCCACCCUGUCGCCGAGUGGAGCCUUCCUGGCGGACGAUGAUGAUGACUGGUACAAGUUUGACGACGACAAGGUGUCGAUCUUCCCGAAGGACAAGCUGCCCACACUAGAGGGUGGAGGAGAGGACUCAGCUGCAUACGUAUUGUUGUACAAGACGAAGCCGCUGGCAUGA